AUGGCGAUAGAAGAUUUGAAAAAUCCUGAAGCUGCAGUGCGAUCAUGGGGCUUCAGCCGUGUAUUCACCUGGACCGAUGGCCCGAAUGCCCAUUAUCCACCGCACUCUCAUGAUGGUCUCACUACACAUCUUAUAAAGAAGGGACAGCUCACAAUUACAUACCCAAAUGAUGAGUCGCCUCGGAAAGAGACGUUUGGUGUUGGCUCUAGAAUUGAUGUGGAUGCUCAUCGGGUUCAUGAGGUCUGGAUGGGCCCAGAAGGCUACGAUUUCCCCCUGGACGACGAGUCAGGCAAUCGAGUGCUUAUCACGUGCACUGAAUGUAUUGGAAACGAACUCAGAGGUGUCCGACAUGAAAGGACACGAAGAGCUGAAGGGGAAGACGUGGUAGAGCCUUUGCCCCCAGAUCCACCACGUAAGAGAAGACGAGUUCCGAGAGAGGACCAUCCCUGGAGAAGAAAGAAGGCUCGAACUGCUAUUAAACCACAGGCCCAACAGCAACGACUUCGCAAGACUUCAGCGACCUGUCGCAUCUGCAUUGAGGAGAAACCCUUAUCAGACUUCCCAAAUCCCGGACCAACAGUCCAAAGGGCAAUCAAAAGGGGAAUACUCUGGCAUACUAUUCCAUUGGGCGAUGUACCACCUCGUUGUGUUGACCACCUGACCGUGAACCGAAACAACAAGUCCGGCCCUGUUUGCCGCGAGUGCAUUGGUGCCUCGCUGCUGGCCAGUAUUGAUCUGAAAGGAGCAGAUCGAGUCGGCUGUCCCGACGAGAAUUGUGAUCAGUUGUUUGACCCAAUACACUAUGUGGCCAAGUACCUUUCAAGUUCAGAUUUUAACGCCUAUUCUGAGAAGCUGUUCGACACUUGGAGAAAGGUCAAUAAAAUGCUCCAAGAAUGCAUUAAUCCAGAUUGCAGAGCUACAGUUCUAAUAGAAAGUAACACGCCUGGAUAUCCACAUGUUCAGUGCGUAUAUUGUAAGAUGCACAUAUGUGUUUCCUGCAGGGUGGAAUGGCACAGAGGACAAACUUGUGUUGAAUACCGUUGGGAGCACGUAGACGAUGCAAAGUCCAAGGCGGAAAUUCAGGCAUUGAAGAAUCUACAGAAGCAAGGAGCAAGACGUUGCCCCCAUUGCUCUCUCGCAGUAAUCAAGGAUGGCGGAUGCCCGUCGAUGUGGUGCACACACUGCAACCGUGCCUUCUGGUGGGAGUCUGCUACCCGCGUAACGGCUGUCCAAUCUCGAAAGAUUACACGUGCGCAAAAGCGAGACGAUUCAGCAUCUGUUCCCCCGUAUUACAGGACCGCUGAAUGUGAGGCUGACCGAUUGGAGCGCCUUGAACGGGAACAAGCAACGAGAGCAUUGGAGGACACUAGUUCUACUCCGGCCGCUGCCUGAUUAUUUGCCGACACGGCAACAGUUAAAAUCACCGCCUGCAAAGUUGUUGGCAAAC